AUGGGAGGAACGGGGAAAACCACAAUGGCAAAAGAAGUUGGGCAACAAGUUGAAUCAAAGCCCUUCGACAAAGUCAUCUUCACCAAUGUGUCUACCCCUGUGGAUGAAAAAAGGAUUCGAGAUGAUGUUGUGAAGCAAUUGGGAUUGCAAUUAGAGGAAGAAAAGAAAUUAACACAUGCGCAACAAAUAUGGACCAAGAUUGCGAAUGCUGGGAGGGUACUCAUAAUACUUGAUGAUGUUUGGGAAAAGCUCAAUCUUGAGAGCAUAGGGAUUCAGCCUGGGUUCCAUCGCACGGGUACCUGUAAUAUUUUGCUAACCACGCGUAAUGAGAAUGUUUGUACCCAAAUGGGAUGCCAAAAGAGGAAGAUUAUUCACCUAGAUGCCUUACCUGAGAAAGAUGCAUUGAAUCUUUUCCUUUUUCAUGCUAUUGAAAUUGGUCAGGAUUGUCCUGAUGAUUUGAAAAAAGUGGCAUUGGAUAUUGUGAAUGAGUGUGGAAGAUUACCAGUUAUCAUUGUAGUAGCGGCAAAAACCUUAAAAGACUGGCUUGUAAAAAAAUGGCAAGAUUCUUUGACAGCACUAAGAAAUACUGAACCAUCAAGGCAUGAGAUUGUUGAUGAAGUUGAAAUGAGGUUUUAUAAUUCUUUAAAGUUAAGCUAUACUUCUCUAAAAGAUAGAAAAGCCCAGGUUCUCUUCUUGUUGUGUUCUAUAUUCCCAAAAGCUUACGAAAUACCUAUAGAGCUUUUAAGCAAAAAUUCUAUAAGUGUAGGCCUCUUUGGAGAAUUUGACAAAUAUAAUAUAGCAAGAAGUCAAGUGAAUGUGGUUAACAACAAGCUCAUAAAUUCUUCUUUAUUAUUGAAGGCCGAUGAAGAAUGUGUAAAGAUGCAUGAUGUGAUUCGCGAAGUGGCCCUAGAGAUAGCAAAUGAAAAGGUUCAAGUACUUAUGGAUUUUAAGCCAAAAUUGAAGGAAUAUGAAAUAUUCAUCUUGGAUCAUAAACGACUUCUCUAA